CAACUGGAGAGCAAAUGCGCUGCGCUGGGCACCCUGAUCCAGGAGUACGGGCUCCUCCAGCGGCGCCUGGAGAACAUGGAGAACCUGCUGAAGAACAGGAACUUCUGGAUCCUGCGGCUGCCCCCAGGCAGGAAAGGCGAGGUCCCCAAGGUGCCGGUGACGUUCGACGACGUCUCCGUCUACUUUAACGCCAAGGAGUGGGAGAAGCUGGAGGAGUGGCAGAAGGAGCUGUACAAGAACGUGAUGAAGGGCAACUACGAGUCGCUGAUCUCCCUGG